AUGGCGCGUGGUUCCACGAAGCCCCGCGACCUCGACUUCUCCAAUGUGGGAACUCAGGGAAGGCGGACAGGUCUCACGAUGGAGGAAAGACAGCGCGACGAGUACGGAAUGGAGGAAGUAGACGGUCUAUUCUCAUCUCCUGAGAAAUCGCCCGCGAAACUAAAUGGGUUCUCCCAUGUGGACGACGAGACUGCGAGCUCUGAGAUGUCCAUUGAAGACGGCAAUGCGCCGGGACCUAUGGAUUUUCUCAGCGCUGCUAAUAAUGCGCGCAAUACUUUUCUGCCACAGGCAUCUCGAUCCCCUGCAAAAGCCCUCCGUCGAUCCCCUGUCUUGCGCUCUUCUCCAGACGACAGGGAAGAUCUGGUAGCGUCCAGUCCGUCGGAUGGCAGACGUCUGUCUUCUGCGCGAGGAGACCCAACUCCCUUGACCAAUCGUUCGGUAAAUGCAGGCGUGUCGAACAAUAAGAACGCCGCGCGACAGAAUGGCAAAUCCCGACUGAUAGCCACAGAAGCGGCUGAUUUUUCUGACGGUGAGGGCGAAGGCGAUGAGAAUGCGGAUACCUUCGGUGUCGGGCAGGAUGAUUUCAGCGACGGCUAUGACGAGGGUGAUGAGACUGUGAUGCCACAUGAAGAGGAACCUGCAGAUGCUACGGCACAAGACUUGAAUGGACUGGAAGAUGAGGUGUCCCCAGCACCAGCAGCGUCACGCCAAACAAAGACGACUGCAUCGAGUUCAAAACAGCCGAAGAAAGGACCCGCGACAAAGAAUACAAAGGCGACCAAGGCUGCCGCCAAGCCGUCUGGAAAACGAGGUCGCGCCACGAAAGCUCAGCAAGCAGACAAUGAAGAGCCCUCUGAAGCCAGACCAACCAAGAAACCAAAGACUACUGCUACCGAGACUACUAUGGCUUCACGUGAGCCCUUGGAUCCUGAGCUGGACCGUGUGGUUGAGAACUAUGCCCAGCGUUCAGGCCCAUUGAAAGGCCGCAGUCUAUAUAUUCUCAAGCGCGAAGAUCCCACUAGCAACGAGACCACUCACACCCGCUCGGGACGAGUAUCUGUUCGCCCUCUGGCGUACUGGCGCAACGAGAGAUGUGUGUUUGGCGAUGGCGAGGCCGCUGAGGGCCAACGGUAUCCUCUCUCAACGAUCAAAGAGGUCAUUCGCACGGAGGAACUUGAACCAGAAAGGCCAAAGAAGGGCAAGCGUAGCCGCAAGGGCAAGUCAAAGAAGCAAAAGGAUGAGUCCUCGGAUGAAGAUGAGAUUGACGAUGACGCCGAUCUUUGGGAGAAGGAAAGUGGUGUUCUUCAUGGCUACGUCUCCAAGUGGGACCCCGUGGCACAAACCAGCACAUCAGAGGAGGAAGUAAUAGACAUUGCUUAUGCACCCUCUGGAUUCGAAACGAGGGAAGUCAAAGGCGCCUCAUUCCGCUUUGCGAAACUGCUCAGUUCUUCAUUCAUUGGCUCCGGUGUUGUUGAGCUUCCACCAGAUGGUGUCAAGAAGCCCAAGAACUCGAAGAGAAUGCAUAUGGUGUUCUAUGUCUGUUACGGCCGAGUGCAAGUGGACAUCUGCGGUGUGCAAUUCAGCGCUGGCAAGGGAUCAGUGUUCCAGAUCCCACGAGGCAAUUACUAUAGCUUCCAGAACUCCCAUGACAAGAAUGCGCGACUUUUCUUCACGCAAUGCUGUCUUCCGGAAGGGAGUGAAGUCCCUAUGCAAUCCGAGAAUACAACGCAGAGCGAGUUUGAAGCUGAAAGCGGCCCAUCCGAGCCUCCAGCCGCAAAGGCUCGAGGUCGCCCCAAGGGCAAGCAAAAAGCUAAAUGA